UCAUACAUAAUAUAAAAUUAUAUUUUGCCUGGGGUGAUAUGUAAAAGCUUAUCAAGUGUUUGUGUUAGUUACAGGUUAGGAGCACAGAUGGCUUGAGAGUGCACUAAAUACUCUUAUGCUAUCAUGGGGUUUCUGCCUUUGGGAAAAGGCGCAAUAUCUUGACAGCCACAAAUGAAUGGAGGAAGAGACUAAAGGGAGCAGCGGUCCCGCCUCUGUCCUCUCCCUGGCCAAUGGAUUCCCAGCUCCGUGUGCAGCUCUAUUACAUCAUUCUCUCUGGCUGCCCUGAGCCAAUCACUGUCAACCUUCCCACUGACAUCACUAACUAGCCAGUUCCCUCCAGCAGCCAGAGCUUCAUUUUCUGAUCUGCUUUUGUGCUAAAAUGGAGGCUGCUUCCUUGCCUUAAGUGGAUUGCCUGGUUGAGUAUAGAUGUUGACAUGCAAUAAAGCUGGAGGCAGGAUGGUUGUAGAUGCACCAAACUCCAACGGGCCUUUUCAGCCAGUGGCCCUAAUGCACUUCAGAGAUGUAGCCCCGGCGGAGCAGGAGAAGCUGUUUAUCCAGAAGCUGCGGCAGUGCUGUGUGCUGUUUGACUUUCUGUCCGACCCCCUAAGUGACCUGAAAUGGAAGGAGGUGAAGCGGGCGGCGCUGAGCGAGAUGGUGGAGUACAUCACCCACAACCGCAACGUCAUCACCGAGCCCAUCUACCCAGAGGUGGUGCACAUGUUUGCUGUGAACAUGUUCCGUACGCUGCCCCCCUCAUCAAACCCCACAGGGGCCGAGUUUGACCCGGAGGAGGACGAGCCCACUCUUGAAGCAGCAUGGCCGCACCUCCAGCUUGUCUAUGAAUUUUUCCUUAGGUUUUUAGAAUCUCCUGACUUUCAACCCAAUAUAGCUAAGAAAUACAUUGACCAGAAAUUUGUCAUGCAGCUUUUAGAUUUGUUUGACAGUGAAGACCCACGAGAAAGGGACUUCCUGAAAACCACCCUACACCGGAUCUAUGGCAAGUUUCUCGGCCUGAGAGCAUACAUCCGGAAACAAAUCAAUAAUAUAUUUUAUAGAUUCAUUUAUGAGACAGAGCACCAUAACGGAAUAGCUGAAUUGCUGGAAAUACUUGGAAGUAUAAUCAAUGGUUUUGCCUUACCGUUAAAAGAGGAGCACAAGAUUUUUCUGUUGAAGGUGCUACUGCCUUUGCACAAAGUGAAGUCACUCAGUGUCUACCACCCACAGUUGGCAUAUUGUGUGGUGCAAUUUCUGGAGAAGGACAGCACACUUACUGAGCCAGUUGUGAUGGCCCUUCUCAAAUACUGGCCAAAGACCCACAGCCCAAAGGAGGUGAUGUUCCUCAACGAGCUGGAGGAGAUCUUGGACGUCAUCGAGCCCUCGGAGUUCGUCAAGGUCAUGGAGCCCUUGUUCCGACAGCUGGCCAAGUGUGUAUCGAGUCCGCACUUUCAGGUCGCAGAGAGAGCGCUCUACUACUGGAACAACGAAUACAUCAUGAGUCUGAUCAGCGACAAUGCCGCCAAGAUCCUCCCCAUCAUGUUCCCUGCCCUCUAUCGCAACUCCAAGACCCACUGGAACAAGACCAUCCAUGGCUUAAUUUACAACGCUCUGAAGCUCUUCAUGGAGAUGAACCAGAAACUCUUUGAUGACUGCACGCAGCAAUUCAGGGCAGAGAAAAACAAGGAAAAGUUAAAGUUGAAAGAGAGGGAGGAAGCCUGGAUCAAGAUUGAGAAUCUUGCCAAAUCAAACCCACAGUUCCUUAUGUAUGUUGAUUCCUCUGGCCACAGUAGUCCCGUAGAAAUGGAGACUGAUGGUCCUUUAAUAGAAGAUGUUCAGAUGUUAAAAAAGACUGUAGCGGAUGAAGCCAUUCAGAUCCAGAGAGACCAGCGAAAAGACCGGCCACUGGUGCGCCGCAAGUCCGAUCUGCCUCAGGAUAUGUUCACCACGAAAGCCUUGGAGUCCCAUCGCCGUGCUGAUGAAAUGCUGACCGCUCACGACGGCCAGUAACUGUCCAGCCCUGUCUCUCCCAUCUCUUCUCCCAAUCCACAUCCAUGUGCCCCCACCCCCAAUCCUCCCCGUCCUACCCCGGAGCCAGCUCCUCCCCCGCCCUUGCCCAGCGACGCUGGCGUUCAGCAUUGGAACAUAAGCAGCACAACGUCCCUGCCCCCUUUGCCCUGCACCUAAAGAAAAAACUAGUUUGUCUUUCUCAGGUUUUUAUUUUGUUUUUAAGUUUAGGAAAGGACUGGGCUGCAUCUCUCACUCAUCCCCCCCCCCUCUCUCUCUCAUGACUUCUCUCUAUUUCUUUCUCUCUUUCUCUCACUCUCUCUUGCUCUGUGACCUCACGGUUUCCCCUUUCAUCUUCUUCUUCACCCUAUCAGUUCAUCCAGCUCCAUUCUAGUUUCCUCCUUCUGAGCAUCACCUGGCGUACAUGGCAUAUUUUCCUCCCCUUCCCUCCGUCCUUCCCUGUGAGUACAUCUGAGAAACACGAUGACAGAAGCUCCCGCCGGUAGCAUCUCCUCUCUCUCUCGGCGGGACGCAAGGAGGGGCCAGAAUGCAGAUCGAGCGGACUCCAACCUGUUUCCUCGUUCUCAGCCCAAAGGGAACAAAGCAGGGACUUGGGACUGUUUGGAGAGGGAAUUCUGUUUAUUGUUUCUAUUUGGUUUUCUCUUUAUUUUUCUCUCUUUCUUUCUCAAUCCCAGAAAUGUUGCCAGUGCCAACACCUUUUAUUUUCGAGACCAUUCUGUCACUAUGUAAAUGUUUGUGUGUUCGUGUGCGCGUGUGUGCGUGUGUGUCUGUGUGUGUGUGUCUGUGUGUGUGUCUGUCUUUGUCUUUGUGGAUUUCUAUGCUGUCAAUCAGGUGUGGCUCUGGGGGGGUAUAGGGGUGAAGUGUGGUCUGCCUUGUGUCUCUCGCCAUUAAUAUCUUUUAUUUUAAAAUGUGUUAAAGGUCUGGUCUGAUAGGAGCGGGAUAUAAGGGCUGGAAGGAUUUCUUUCUCUCUCUGAGAAAGGGGGGAUGGAUGCGAUAUGCUGUGGAGUUUCAACUUUGUUUUUUUUUUUGGUGGUGCCAUGACAGAAAAAAAGCUCACAACUUUUAUGUACCCAUACUUUUUUCCAGGGUUGUUUUUCCUUUUGCCCUCUUUGGCAAUAUGCUCACCGUGACAUGGUGGGAUAUUGACGGUUCAAACAAUGGUACUCUUCAUUCAAAUGUAGACACAGGACUUCUGUCAGGUGGCAAAGUGGCACAGCAGCACCGCCCAUAGUGCUUUAGCCGACAUGGCAUGCUGCGUACCGAGCAGAACUCCCAGCGGUCCACCUCGCUCUUCUGUGCUGUACCCAUCUCCAAUAUUGCUGCUGUGUAGCCUACUCUACAUUCCCUCAUCUUUGCACUUUUCUCUUUCCUGCACACACACACACACACACACACACACACACACACACACACACACACACACACACACAUACACACACACACACACAUACACACACACACACCUGCUGUCCUCAUCUGUCUUUAGCAGACCGCUAUCUGCACAUGUUGGCUUCAGGCCACAUCAGAGGACUAUGCUGUAGUAGACACCUGCAAAUCAAGGUGGAAGAGAUGGAUAUCUGGCUUUCAUGUGGGUGGAAGUCAUUAGACGGUUACCCUUGUAAUGUGUAAACUAGAACAGCUCAAAAAAAGGCCGAGCUCUCGGUGCAUGCAUAUUGCAGAUUGCCCUGACCAGCAAAAAUCUCAACAAGUUGCGUCAUGUAUUAUUGUGUAAUAGUGACAGUGAAAGGUGACAUUAGCUAUCAGCUUGGCGACAUAUGAUGCCAGUGGACACAGUGGUCAUUUACAUGUAGGAUGUCAGGCAUUCAGGAACACACCACAUCAAUUAGCAACAACACAACAAAAAACAAACACUUGACCAGUGAGCUGUCUCAUUUUCUUUCUCCAGUCAAAAGCCUGGACUUAGGACUGGCUGUCCAACCAGAGAAGGCCCAACCGUGCAUUGAUUUAAAAUCUUGUAUCAUUCACCCCCAGCUUGGCCCAGGUGACCUCUCUCUCCCAUGGCUUCUGUAUCUCUCUCUCUCUCUCUCUCUCUCUCUCUCUCUCUCUCUCUCUCUCUCUCUCUCUCUCUCUUGAUCCUUCUCACUCUCUUGAUCCUUCUCACUCUCUUGAUCCUUCUCACUCUCUUGAUCCUUCUCACUCAGCACUUUGCUGUGGAACGGAAAGGACUGUUAUUUUGUUACAUAAAAAAUGAGAGGCGCAAAAAAAAGCGCCCCUCUCCAUUUUCAAAGAUAUGUUAGUGCCUUUCUAUUACCAAUGUAGAUGUAAGAGAAUUUAAACACAUGAAAUCCAUCAGCUGGAUAGAGGAGAGAACAGGAGAGUUUGGCAAACAAGGCACUAUUUGCUCUUCCCUAUACAAUGUCAUUCUCUGUUCUCUUGCACAGGUAUUUAUGGCAAAUAAGCAUUAUUGAGACAUGGGCAUGUUCACCUACAAAUAUACUAGUGAGGCUGACAAAUUGAUUGUCGCUAUAUUUUAAUCUCUCUCAAGAAAUAGAAAUAGAAAAGAUGAUAAAUACAUGACCGUUCAUGAGAUCUCCACAGAUGAAACAGUCUAUUGAACUACCUAGAAGCACUUCCUGAAAACUUGAACGAUUUUAACGUUUUUCUUUUUUGUUUUUGGUCAAAUAGGCAGUUUUUGUCGUCAGUCGUGAAUCUAUGUAUGUAUCCUCCCAGCAUGAAUACAUGAGUAUAAAACCCUAAACUUAUGAGGACGAUGUUAAUAUAUCUUUUUUUCCAGUGAAAGUGUCUUUCCGUACCAUUGUUUGAACUUCCACACAUGAGGAUGUUCAGUAUGCUUCUUAUGGCCUCUCUCUCUCUCUCUCUCUCUCUCUCUCUCUCUCUCUCUCUCUCUCUCUCUCUCUUGUGUAAGAGUUGUGUUAAUAUUUGCUCGGAUGUUAUCAAUGUAAUGGUGACUACUACUAACCCCCCUCAACCCCCUUGAAAAAAAAGAGCAAAGACUGAAGGAAAAACUUUCACCAAAUUGUUAUUUUACAAUAAUAACCCCUAAAGAAUGCCAUGGUGGUGUCGUAUGGUGAUUUUGAUUAUGUGGGAAAAUGUUGGUUUUCAUUUUGUUUGUGUUCAAAAUCUGUUCUGCUAACUUUAGCUCCUCAGAUAAGACUGAAAUAAUAUAUUGUUUGAAUUAUAGAAAGAAGAAAUAACAUUUUGGCGACUUUUUUUUCUGCAGUCACUGGUUCUUCACUGUAAUAAGUGCAGGUUUUCAUUUCUGCAUAAGCUUUCCAAAAUAUUAUAACAUGACAAGUGUCCUUUCAUAUUACCUGUAUUAUACAACUUCAUUUAUUAUUGUAUAUAUUAAAUACUUUGUUUUACGUAGUGUUAUAUAUCUAGAUUAAUUUGUACAAAUGGUCUCAUGUACAGACAUAAAUAGCAACUGCAGAACACUUGGAAUGUGGCACAAACCUUUUUUCCAUUUCUCUGUAACUGUCUACAUCAGGAAAAUGACUAUAAUAUUUUUAAAUCAGUUUGUAACUCUACAAAAAAUGUUUGUUUGACCAUUCUUAUGUCUGUGGCAAGAUUUUAUUCAUUAGCCUUUCAUUGUGUGCUUUCUCCAACCUAAAGUGGUGUACUAUAUAGAAUGAAUAAAGAGAGUAUGUGGAUUUAUAUUUUCAUCCAAAAGCA